AUGGCUUACCACGAGAGAGUUGUUGGAUACGCAUACGACGAGCUCCCUCGACUCUAUUCUCAGGAUCCAAACAUUUCAGAUAGCUUUGAUCGUGUCAAACACGAGCCUGGUAUCCCACAAUAUGAUAUCAGUUUCGCUAUUGGCAAUGAACAGUCUGGCACAUUUGCUUCAUCCUACCAUAUGCUACCAUCUACCACUGAUCAUUAUCCGCAACAAUACGCUGACGCCCCUCGCGAAGGCUUUGUGAAACAGGAAGAAGACGAAUAUGAGGACUAUCUGUUCCAAGAUGAUUAUCCCCAUGAUGAAAACCAACAUGUCGACGCCACUAGCGAGCGAUCAUGGUCCGGAAGCCCUGGUGCUGCAGAUAGCGAUAACGUCGAAGACCCUCAUUUCGUAACCGAUGCCGUAUACUCCAGCGUUGGUCUACCAUCGCAUGCAGAAACCGAAAAUUACUUGCGACAGACCUUGGGUAUCCCAUUGCAAGUUCCUGUCACGCUUUAUGCGCUCGCUGACGAUCCUCGAGGGCCUAACAAGCCUUCAGUGACCACAAUGGCAAGACUCGCAAUAUGGGGAAGCCCUCAUAAGAAGCUGACAUUGAACCAAAUUUUCGAGGCUGUAGAGCAACGAUAUCCAUCUCUUGGAGCGCUCGUGGACAAGCCCCAUAGGCGCUCAAUACGCCAUAAUCUGUCGUUGAAGGGAAUAUUUCGUCGGGAGAAGCGACCCCAGCAUGCCCCAGGUCAAGGAGACUACUGGUUUCUCGAUGUUAGAUAUGGCGAAGCGAAUAAGCGGCGCCGUCAUAAAACGGAGAGGAACAUCCCCGAGGGUACUCAUGGAACGAUUCUUCCUUAUCAUCCUCCCGAACCCAGCUCCACGCCCUCUCGUCAGGCUCCUUCAAACCUUUUUUUGCAUGCACCAGUCCCAUACCGCAAAAACUAUUCGACCCCCAAUUUGUUGAUGGAUCCCCUAAGUAACAGGCACCACUCGCAAGAGAUGUUGGAAUCUCUUCGUGAUUCCGAGAUCGACCCUCAUACUCCUCCUGUUAGGCCAUCAUACGGAAGCACCAUCCCAUACUCUGAAUAUGCUCAAGUGCCCGAGCAGCUUCCUCCGUAUUAUACCCAGGAUAGAUUUAUAGCGGCAAGUCAAAUUAACGACUUUAUAACUCCUCGUGAUACUCAUAUUUGA